AUGCCGACCUACCGCUUCCUGCAUCAACCUACGGUGGUGGAAUGGCUGGCAAGCUAUCACUCCACCACGGAUGGUACGAACGCGGAUUAUUCGCUGUCGUCAGCUCAACAAGCUAUCGUACUGAUGGUCCUUGCUACUGCGAUCUUUUUUCAAGCGGACGACAAGGCUGGAGUAAGCGAGCCGUAUCUCCGGGCGGCAGAGAUGAAACUCGCACAAGAGACCGGUAAGGUCCGCCUCGAAUCCGUGCAGGCACGUCUCGCUAUCUGCAUAUAUCUGUUGCAUACCUCUCGACCCAACCAGGCGUGGUACACGUUCGGAACUACCGCCCAGCUCAUCCAGGCUCUGGGUAUGCAUCGGGCACGAGCUUCUUCUGGCCAUCAGCUGGACACCAUCAUUACUGAGUGCCGCAAGCGAACGUUCUGGGCAGCAUCCACUCUGGACGCCUAUCUCAGCUGCUUACUUGGACGUCCGCCUCUCAUCAAUAUCGAUGACGUUGAUCAACAAUUCCCCGCGGCCGCGGAUGAUGACUUGAUCACGGCUGGAGGAGUAGAAGCCAACAGCCUGCACCGAGACCCUGUAAUCCAGGGGUCGAUAUAUCAUGCCAAAAUCACCUGCAUCGUGAAGAAAGCGCUUCGAGAGCAGUAUAGCGUCACAAAGCAUCCCGAUGCCCACAAAGCCAAGGUCGCGGCGCGGCUCAACGGCGAGUUGAAAGAAUGGAAGGCAUCCCUGCCGGUCAUCCUCAGUGGUGUCGUUCACCCGUCCAGCCUCAUCCAGGUCUUCCAGCGCCAGAUUGCUGUCUUGGAGAUGGCCGAUUCUCUCGCGUUGAUCAUGGUCAAUAGACCGUUGCUCCUCGUCGAUGCUUCAGUCGAGAAUAGGUCGAGCGUCCGAGUCUGCUUGUCAGCUGCGAGCACCAUCUUGAACACCGCCCCCGGCUUCGUCGCGAAUAGGCCUACUCUACCAGCCUUCUGGUUCACCCAAUUCGUCACAUUCAACGCCCUUUCUAUCAUCUACGUCUGGCUCAUCCAACGAUGGCGCGGUCGCCUACCGAGCCUAGAAACGCCACUUACCGACAAUGAGCUCUACGAUAAAGCAGAAACCAUGCAAAAGCAUCUGGCCGACGCGUCACAAGCAAACGCCCCAAACCUCCGCUACAGCAUCCUUCUCGAAGAACUACAGCAGGAAGCUGGUCGGCUGAUAGGAAAGCAUACUGAUGCUCGACAAGCUAGUGAUUCGACACACGCGCCCAAAGAAGGCUAUCCAGACGCUGCCGCGGUCUCUACGCUCGAGGACUCCGUUUUCAACCACCAGACAGACACUACCAGUUUGGUUUCACUGAGCGGCGAUGACUGCUUCGAGAGUGACAUCUUCUUGCAGCUAGACUCGUUCCCGUUCCCCGACUUCGAUCUCGAAGCACUCGGAGAGAUAGUGUAA